AUGCAAUCUCUACGUAUUACAAAUUACUAAGCUACAAGUUUAAAUGUAAAACCAAAUGAUAUUCCAAAAGAUGUUUGGAAUAAUUUUAUAUGUGAUUAUCCUAAAUGUGGACCAGAAAUUUAAUUACCUAUGGAUAAUACAAAGAGAUAUGUAAAGACUGCAGCAGUACUAAUAGCAGCUAUAAUGGAUAGUUUGAUUAGUUGGUAAGAAAUUGAUGUAUUGUAUGAAAUAAGAGAAUAAAUGCAUUCAGAUAAUGAAUAAACUAAAAAAGUUGUUGCAGAUUAUAAUAAAUUUAUUAGUCAAAUUACUCCAUGUUUUGAAAAAGAUUAAGGUAGUACUCAUUUGAAAUAAUAAAGAGAAUAUAUAUAUUCACAUUUAAAUAAUUAAGAAGGAAUAGAACUACUUUUUAAUGUUUAUAGAUGUAUUUUAUUGAGUUUGUAUACAUAAAAAACAAAUUCUUGUUUAGUUAGAAAUGGAAGAAAAUUAUCAAAAUAAGAGGCAAUUUUUGAAUUAUUGGGCAAUUUGAAUGAAGAUAAUUAAUUCAUAUUGAAAGAUCAUCAUUAUAUAGCUAUAUCUACAAUAUUGGGAUUACCAAUUCAUUGUUAUAUUAAUUAUAGUGAUGGACAAUAGAUGAUAAGAAAGAGAAUACAUUAAUUAGCAAAUAUAAGAUUUACAGUUGCUUUACUAUUUGAACCAGGACACAAUAAUAAAUCAUCAAGAUCUGUUAGAAUAUUAUAUUAAUAACAUGAUUCAAUAUACUUAAAUAAUUUAUUAACAAUUGAAUAAAAUAUAAAGAAAAAAAAAAAUAUAAUGUUAGCCAUCAAUAAAGUUUAAAAAGUAUUAGAAUCAGCAGUGAUUACAACAGUGUAACAUUGCACAAAAAUAGUAGAAUAAAAAAUAAUAAAUGAAUUAUGGCCAGAUGAAUUAUAUUAAGAUCUAUAAAUUCUAGUUUAAUAAUUAAAUUUUAAGACUAUAAAAUUAGAUGAAAUAUUGUCAACAUUAGAUUAUAAUCUUUAAAUGUAAUUAGAUUCAUUUAAAAUAAUUGUUGAUAAUAAUAAAAUAAUCCAUAAACCGAAUUCUGAAAUAUCUCCAAAUAGAUAAAAGAUAUUUUAGAGUACUUAUUUUAGAAAUUAAUAAGCAAUAAUCAACUAUUAAAAUUAGAAAAUACAAAAGACUAAUGUUGUUUAAAUUUAAUAACCAUCAUAGAUUCCAUUAUUUGAAUCCCCUAUUAAAUAAUCAUAAAUUAUUCAACCUCCAAAAACUUAUUUAUAAACUACUGAAGAUAAACAAAGAUCUGUAUCCCCAUCUUCAUUAAAAUAAAAUAUUUCAAGAAGUUUGGAAUUUCAUGAUAAAGCAUUCAAAUUAAAUAAAUCCUAAACCAAUUCUAUAUUAAAUACUUAAUUGAUUUAGUAAUAAUAAUAAUAAUAAUAAUGA